AGCGGGCGCCAGUGUGCGGGGAGCCUCUUUUACUGCCUAUACGUACACUCGGUGCAUUCGCCCGUCGGACCAUUACGUCGUGCGCUGUGCUUCUGUCGAGUUCGUUCGCGCUUUUAAGGAAGACAUAGGAGAAAGAGAGAGACAGAAAAAGAGACAUAGUCGGCGUGUGUUAAACGAUACCGAACGUACACGUUACUCAAUUUAAUCUCAUUCCACGAAUAUAACGAUUUAAGACCGAUACAGGCUACGACGACGAAAGACAGAAUCGAGAACGGACGGCCUUAAAACGCGUGCCGAGAAACCAUUAGGGCUACGAAGUAAAGAGAAGAGAAAGAGAGAGAGACGAAUAGAUAGGUACAGAAAGAGACCGAAAUAUAGAAGAAAUCUCUAGAGCAAGAGAGAGAGAGAGAGAGAGAGAGAGACAGAGAGACGAAGAAGUCAACGAAAAGAGACGAUUAAAGUAACGGCAAAGACGACGUCGAGAAAAAGAAAAAUGCCGGAAACCGCGCACCACAUGAAUGGAUACGCGAACGGGCACACACCGCCCGAACUUCAGCAGGAUACCAGUUUUCUAUUCACUUCCGAGUCUGUUGGCGAGGGACAUCCAGACAAAAUGUGCGACCAAAUAAGCGAUGCCAUUCUAGAUGCACAUUUGAAACAAGAUCCUGAUGCUAAAGUUGCCUGUGAAACAGUCACAAAAACAGGAAUGAUUCUUCUUUGCGGAGAAAUAACAUCAAAAGCUGUGGUAGAUUACCAAAAAAUUGUUCGUGAGACUGUAAACCAUAUUGGUUAUGAUGACUCUUCAAAAGGAUUCGAUUGGCGUACGUUGAACCUUUUGGUGGCACUAGAACAACAGUCUCCAAAUAUUGCUGAUGGUGUUCAUGUGGACAGGGAAGAGAUGGACUUGGGUGCAGGUGAUCAGGGCUUGAUGUUUGGUUAUGCAACAGAUGAAACUGACGAAUGUAUGCCAUUGACAGUUGUAUUAGCACAUAAAUUAAAUCAAAAGAUAGCAGAAUUAAGACGAAGCGGAGAAUUAUGGUGGGCAAGACCAGACUCAAAAACACAGGUCACAUGCGAAUAUAUCAUGGAUCAUGGAGCUUGUGUACCUAUAAGAGUUCACACGGUUGUUGUGUCUUUGCAACAUAGUGAAAAAAUUGGUUUGGACGAACUACGUAAAGCUGUUAUGGAAAAAGUUAUCAAAGAAGUAAUUCCAGCAAGGUAUCUUGAUGAUAGAACAGUUUUUCACGUCAAUCCUUGCGGACUUUUUAUCAUUGGUGGACCACAGAGUGAUGCUGGUCUUACUGGUCGUAAAAUUAUUGUAGACACUUAUGGUGGAUGGGGAGCUCAUGGUGGUGGUGCAUUUUCUGGGAAAGAUUUUACAAAAGUUGACAGAUCAGCUGCAUACGCCGCGAGAUGGGUUGCUAAGUCUCUUGUAAAAGCAGGUCUUUGCAGACGCUGUCUUGUGCAGGUUUCUUAUGCCAUUGGUGUUGCCGAGCCCCUUUCUAUCACAGUUUUUGACUAUGGCACUUCAAAGUUAUCACAGAAUGAACUCUUGGAUAUAGUUAAUAAAAAUUUUGAUUUGCGACCAGGGAAAAUUGUUAAGGAGUUGAAUCUUCGUAAUCCUAUUUAUCAACAGACCAGUACGUACGGUCAUUUUGGGCGUGAUGGGUUUACAUGGGAACAACCAAAAACUUUAAACCUCGAUUGAUGAGAGGAUGCAUGUUAAAUCAUUAGACGUUUCUCGUUUAGAACGUCUUAUCAAUUACUUGUCCUCUCUUCUCCCCUCCCUCUCUCUUUCUCUCUUUCCCGUUCCCAUGAGUAAUCUUUUAUCUCGUCAAAGUUAAUUCGAGAUUUUCAGAUCUCCGCACUACAUCCGCCGCAUAUCUAUUGGUUCCUUUUGUCAAAUUCAAUAGUAUAAAACGGGGAAAUAGUGGUGUCUAUAUUAAUUAUAAUAAACCACGCCGUGGAAUAUGUUAUGUCUACAUGACAAACAUAGUACAAAUUUUGUGCAUAAUUCGACACGCUGGCGUGGACAGUCCUUUCUCUUCCUUUUUAUUCCUCUUGAAUCUAAUAGCGAACGUUAGUGUCGUAAGAUUUGACGGGAAUUAGUUUUAGUAUAAAAUAAAAUAAAAAAAAAAAGAAAAAGAAAAAUGUGAAGAAAAUUGAGAACUGAGUAUUUAACAAAAAAUAGGAGUUUUUAUUCUCUCAAUAAUUGGAUACAGUGUCAUGCUUAGAUUAGGUAUGAGUUUCGUAUAAUUUCACAUAUACUGACUAUGACAUAUGUCUCUUGUGAUUUUUAUGUAGCAUCAUGUAGAUAGAAUCAUAUUAGUGAAUAGUUUGCGAAUAAUCUGGUUUUAUGAAAACAGAUAAUCGUUCUCAAUCAAUAUGAAAUAUCAAUCAAUAUGAAUUGAAUUUAAGAAUGGAGAUCCAGCACAGAUCGUGUGACGGAGCUCAAUAGUGAGAAAAAUUUUAUUCAAUUUUUAGUGUACGAUGAUUAGUUUAUGAAUGAUGUCAUGAUUUUAAACAUUGACAGAAAUGUGUAAAAAAGAAAAAUGAAAUGAAUUGUAGGAACUUUGCUAUUUCAUUGAUAUAUGAUCCAUUAUAUAUCGAUAUUGGCAAUGUAAAAAUGCACAAGAAUGAUCGUAAUAUACAUGAAUUAUAAUAAAAUGAAUUUUUUUAAUAAACGGUCAAACUUUC